AUGCCUUGUCAUAGGGAUUUGCCUCCGAGCAUGACUCUUCAUGUGCAGUCCACCUUGGAAACAUACUAUGAUAUCCUUCAUGUAAGGGAGGACGCAAGCUUUGAUGAGAUCCGCCAAAGCUAUAGGUUAGCCCUACUCCAGUCCCACCCUGAUAAACUGUGUAAAUCAUCUGAAAUGCCAAAAUCAGUUGACGAUGUAGAUGAUAAAUUCAUGAAAGUCCAAAAGGCUUGGGAAACCCUUGGGGAUUUGCGAUCACGUGCUCUCUAUGAUGACAAGCUAAGAAGUUUGAGAUGUGAUGAAUUAGUUGCGGAAGAUGUUGCUUUGGACGACAUGAUGGUUGAGGAUAAUGGGGAAGAAUUGGAUUUCUGUUAUCAAUGUCGAUGUGGUGAUUUUUUUAUAAUUAGUUGGCCUGAGUUGGAAGAAAUGGGUUAUAUGCUGUGUAAGGAUCCUGAGGAUGAGGUUUCUGUUCGGACAGUUGAGGGUUUGCCAGGUUGUGUGAUUCUUCCCUGCAGUUCAUGUUCUCUGAAAAUCCGCUUAUUGAUCAAUACCAAUAGUAAACACAGCAAAAGGCUUGUGGUCAGCAAUGUCUCAUUCUUUACCAGAAUUCUCUCAUUUGUUAAAUCAAUCUCUUAUGGGGUGGAUGGUGCUAGAGGAACUUUCACUAUGGGUAUUGCAGUGGCCAGAAAAAUCGAUCAACUGUGUGAUCUAUGGUGA